GUGAGCUGUCAGUGAGGUCGAGACGUUGAACCUGCCGCUCCUGCUCGGAGGAGGAGGCGGCUCCUCCGUCAGCCUGACCUGCUUGGAGCUCAGUCAGCCUGUAGUACGGACGUCAUUCCGUCUCCUCAUCUCGUCGCUGACUCUGUCGUGGACCUUUAAACUAAACAAGGCUCAAAGAUGUCUCAGAAGAUCAAGGCAGGGUCUGUGGUGGAGAUGCAGGGAGAUGAGAUGACUCGAGUCAUCUGGGAGCUCAUUAAGGAGAAACUUAUCUUUCCUUACCUGGAGCUUGACCUGCACAGCUAUGACCUCGGCAUGGAGAACCGAGAUGCAACAGACGACCGGGUGACGGUUGAGGCGGCAGAGGCAGUCCGGCGUUACAACGUGGGCAUCAAGUGCGCCACCAUCACUCCCGAUGAAAAUCGCGUGGAGGAGUUCAAACUUAAGCAGAUGUGGCGUUCGCCCAACGGCACCAUCCGUAACAUCCUGGGAGGCACGGUGUUCAGGGAGGCCAUCAUCUGCAAGAACAUCCCCCGCCUUGUGCCUGGCUGGAUCAAGCCCAUCAUCAUUGGCAGACACGCCCACGGAGAUCAGUACAAAGCCACAGACUUUGUGGUGCCUGGGCCUGGGAAAGUGGAGAUGAUCUACACACCUACAAAUGGAGAGCCAGUUAAAUAUGUCAUCCAUGAGUUUGAGGGCACAGGUGGUGUUGCCAUGGGGAUGUACAAUACAGAUAAAUCCAUCAGGGACUUUGCCCACAGCUCCUUCCAGAUGGCUUUGACCAAAGGCUGCGCUCUUUACCUCAGCACCAAGAACACCAUCCUGAAGAAGUACGACGGUCGCUUCAAAGACAUCUUCCAGGAGAUCUACGAGAAGGAAUACCGUGCUCAGUUUGAGGCCAAAGGCAUCUGGUAUGAGCACCGCCUGAUAGAUGACAUGGUGGCCCAGGCCAUGAAAUCUGAGGGAGGCUUCAUUUGGGCCUGCAAGAACUACGAUGGAGACGUGCAAUCUGACUCUGUGGCACAAGGCUACGGCUCCCUGGGUAUGAUGACCAGUGUGCUUAUCUGUCCUGAUGGACGCACCGUAGAGUCUGAGGCCGCCCACGGCACAGUGACUCGCCACUACAGACAACACCAGCAGGGAAAAGAGACCUCCACCAAUCCCAUAGCCUCCAUCUUUGCAUGGUCGCAGGGCCUGCUCCACCGGGCGAAGCUGGACAACAACGCAGCGCUGCGAGUGUUCUCGGAGUCCCUGGAGGCAGUUUGCAUCGAGACCAUCGAGGCCGGUUUCAUGACCAAGGAUUUGGCUAUCUGCGUCAAAGGCCUGGCAAAUGUGAAACGUGCCGACUACUUGAACACCUUUGAGUUCCUGGACAAGCUGGCAGAGAACCUGAAGAUUAAGCUCGCUAACCAGCCCAAACUGUGAUCUCACCUCCCAGCCUCAGCCGUAAAAAACACAGUCACACACACACACACACAUUGAAACACACGCACACCGAGACAACUUUACAGCUACUAGAAUUAACACUGGAGCAGGACGAGUUCUGCCCGAAGACUCCGGGAGAUCUGCACACUGAAACUAAGGCAUUCGGGUCAAGCAAGGUAUCUUGUCCAGAUGAAGGGGAGUGGAGGCCGUCAUCCCUGUUAAUCCAUCACUAGUAGACAGCCAAUACUUGUGGGAGUAAAAAAAACUAAACACUAACUGUUUCCGGGACUGCCACUGGCCCCAGUGACCUAACUCACUCGGUCCCCUGAAGUGAGUGUGUGUGUGUGUUGGGGGGAGACAGAAUCUGUCUUGAGUGGGUGGGGGGCCUCUGGACCCUCAACUGCCUUAUUUGUUUUGUGUCAAAGUCAUCGGUUGAUUCUUGGUUUUCCCUUUUGUCUUGUAAUGUUUUAAAAGAAAUACCUCGGGCAACAGCUAUGUGUUAGAGGCACAGCGAAUAGCACAUUCCUGUUUUUUUUUAUCAAUGAAACCUCUCAGCUUUGUCAUAGAGCGUCUGUGCAUGCCCGUGACGUUUUACCGUCACGCAGCAGGAAUCAUUUUUUUUUGUGUCCAUCCUGUGUGUGUGCUGCCAUAAAAUCGCAUUUUCCAUGUUGGUUUUUAAUCAAUAUCCGAAUUAUGAGAACUCAUAAUAAUAAUAAUAAUAAAAGACUUUUUUGAAGAAA